AUGGCGAAGAUCCGGGUGUCGUACGAGUACUCCGAGGCCGAGGACAAGAGCAUCCGGCUCGGCUUGUUCCUGAUCGCCUGCGGGAUCCUCAGCCUCUUCAUCCUCGGCUUCUGCUGGCUGAGCCCCACGCUGCAGAGCCUGCAGAGCAAGCCGGCCAACUGCACGGUGGUGUCGGUGCUGCGUCCGGAGGAGAUGUUCGAGUGCGUGUUCACGUGCGGCGCCGACUGCAAGGGAACGUCUCUCUACCCGUGUCUGCAGAUCUUCGUCAACAACUCAGAGUCCAACUCGGUGGCUCUGCUGCACUUUGACGAGCAGCAGCUGGUCCUCAACCCCAAGUGCUCGUACGUUCCGCCCUGUGAGCGAGACAACCAGAAGAACCGGGCCAGCGUGGUGUGGUGGGAGGACUACUUCAGACGGGAGGUGAGCAGCCAGAGCUUCACCUGCUUCUUCAACCAGCAGCGCAGGCCCGAUGACGUGCUGUGGCAGCGCUCCCAUGACACCAGCGUGCUGCUGCACUGCGUCCUGUGGCCGAUGGUUUCCCUGCUGCUCGGCGCGCUCAUCGUGCUGCUCACCGUGUGCGCGCGCUCGCUGGCCGUGCGCGCCGAGGCGCUCCAGAAGAGGAAGUGCUCGUACGAGGCGUGCCGCGAUGCGCCCGCCGGGCCCUCGGGCCGCCGGGCCCACGAGGCCGAGGACCCCCCGCCCGGGACGAGCUCCGCCCCCGAGCCGUCGUCGCCCACCAGGACCCUGCCGCUGUUCGCCGUGCCGGUGCGGCGCCGGGACCGCGAACAUUAGAGGACCCCGCGCCGCCUCGCCGGGUCCGGACUCGAACCCCCGGGUCGGAACCGGCGUCUCUUCCUGGACGGAUUACAGACGUCGGACGGCGUCUCGACCGUAGCUCCGGACCGUCGUGAGUCCCAGUAGCCCAGUGAGACAUUUAAUUUAAAUACAUUUAGUCACUUUAUAUUUAUUUAUAAGUUUGAAAUGUAGCCAUUCUUCUACUUUUUGUGCUUUUUACUGUCGUCACUUUUUAAUUUCUUCCCAUAUUUAUUAAACUUCGCUCAGUUUAUAAUUCGACAGUUUAAAAACGUUCCAGCGGCUCUAAAGGGGGAAAUACCUUCUUUAAUAAAUAUAAAUAGUCUUUUAUUGUGAAAUAUCGGCAGGAAGUGUGUGUGAGAUCAUAUCUAUCAGAGUGAAUGGUUCGACCGGCGCGUCGAGCCCAUUAUUUAUUUUUAAAGAAGUGAACAUGUCGUCGAGAUUAACGUAGAUUAACGAGAAACAAAUAUGUAAAUUACGAGAAAAAACUCCUGAAAACUAAAUUAUUAUUUAUUAUUAUUUUCGUCAAAAAACUCAAAUCUGAAGGAAGCGAAGAUCCUGAGAGAAAAAUAACGCUCGUUUAAAAAAGGUUCUUCUCUUUUACUUCACGAAUAUAUUUAGUUUAUUUUGAUGUUUCUGGCUGUUAUGUUCAAGGCUUCUUUUUUUAUACCUAUAAUUGUCCUAAAAUAACCAUA